AUGUCUGGUAUUUUUGCAUUUGCAGCAGCGUUAUGGAUAUACAGCAUAUGCCAGUCCAAAUCGACAGAUGUUUAUCGCAUCCAUCAUCUAAUGACAGCUCUCGUGAUCAUUAAGUCAUUGUCCUUGUUUUUCCAUGGUGUGAACUACUACUUUGUAUCGUUGUAUGGCCAACAGCGAGAAGUUUGGGCAAUAGUUUAUUAUGUUACCCACUUGCUGAAGGGAGCUUUGCUUUUUGGAACGAUUAUUUUGAUUGGUACUGGAUACACGUUUUUUAAAAAUUUUUUGAGCGAUCGCGAUAGAAAGCUUGUAAUGAUCGUGCUUCCACUUCAAGUUGUAGACAAUAUUGCCAUGAUUAUCAUUGAGGAGAGUGAAUUUGCUGAACAAAGUUACCAGUUCUGGUUCCAAAUUUUUAUUCUUAUCGAUAUCGUUUGUUGUAUGGCUAUUAUUUUACCAAUUAUUUGGUCAAUGCGUCAUCUCCAAGAAGGCGCCAGAAGUGACGGCAAGGCUGCUUUUAACCUCGAAAAGCUGGUAUUAUUCCGGCAUUUUUACCUCAUAGUAAUAAGCUAUAUAUAUCUGACACGCGUAAUAAAAUUUUUUGUCGAAUACGUCGUACCAUUUGACUAUGAAUGGAUUUCUGACGCCGUUGUUGAAGUCUCUACACUUUUCUUUUUCUUGAUUACUGGACAUAAAUUUCGGCCUCAAGAGAGGAAUCCAUACUUAAAAUUAGCUCAGGAUGUGGAAGGAGAGGCGUACGUUUUCACAGUUUUGUUUAAGAAUUUAUUUCUCAAAUAUUUUGGUUCUUUAUUGUCAUAUAUAGACGUGACUAAGGGAUUUUUUUAUUUUCAGAUAGUUGUUGCGUUUUGUUUUACGUGCUGUUCUAUUUGUGUUAAUCUUUUUACUUCUUAA